UCGUUUUCUAAUACUACUACUAGCUGUCACUGUUUGCAGAGGACCCUGCUUUCGGGUGGCCAGUGAUCGCCUGCACGGGAUUUGAUUGGAUGUCCUUGGUGCUCUCGCAAGCCCCCGUGUUAGCUGUCCCUUGCAGUGCCUGCUGGUCCCCAGUUGCAGUGCUGAGGAAGCUGUGGGCAUUUGCGUCUUCGCCAUUGUGUGUACGGUUCCGCCCGACCCGCUGAAGCCCCUUCACCGCCCGGUCCCCCAACCCGUGCAGCUGGCAGGAUGCUGGAAGAAGCCGGCGAGGUGUUCGAUAAUAUGCUGAAGGCGUCUCUCCCGCUCACCUUCAUCGUCUUCAUCCCGGCGGUGCUGCUCCUCGUGUCCCCGCUGCAGGCCGAGGCGGCUCAUGAGUUCACCGUGUACCGCAUGCAGCAGUACGACCUGCAGGGCCAGAGCUACGGUACUCGGAAUUCAGUGCUAAACACAGAGGCUCGUACAACGGAAGCAGAUGUGCUGAGCCGGCGAUGUGUGCUUAUACGCUUAGCUGAUUUCUCUUUUCAGCAGUACCAGAAAGCACUGCGUCAGUCAGCGGGUGCGGUUGUGAUCAUCCUUCCACAUGACAUGGCAGCCCUGCCGCAAGAUAUAGUCCAGCAGUUUAUGGACAUAGAGCCUGAGAUGCUUUCAAUGGAGACUCAAGUUCCAGUAUACUUUGCGGUUGAGGAUUCAGAUCUUCUAUCCAUCUAUGAACAGACACUUGCAGCUUCUGCUAGCCAGGGCACCUCCUCUGCUGCUGAAGUACUCCUCCAUACAGCUACAGCUAAUGGUUUCCAGAUGGUGACUAGUGGAGCUCAGAGUAAGGCAAUCAGUGACUGGCUGGUGACAAGUGUGGAGGGACGCCUGGCUGGUCUUGGUUCUGAAGACCUUCCCACUAUUGCCAUAGUUGCUCACUAUGACGCCUUUGGCGUUGCUCCAUGGCUAUCUUAUGGGGCAGAUUCCAAUGGCAGCGGCAUGGCAAUUCUACUGGAGCUGGCACGUCUUUUCUCUCGUCUGUACACUUACAAGCGUACACAUGCCAGUUACAAUCUGCUGUUUUUCGCAUCAGGAGGAGGAAAGUUUAACUAUCAGGGAACAAAGAGAUGGUUAGAGGAUCAUUUGGAUCACACAGAUUCCAGCCUCCUUCAGGACAAUGUGGCCUUUGUACUUUGCUUGGACACUGUAGGAAGUGAAAACAGCUUGUACCUUCAUGUCUCCAAGCCUCCCAAAGAGGGUACCCUGCAACACACCUUCCUCAAGGAGAUGGAAACGAUUAUUUCAAGUCAGUACCCUGAGGUGAAGUUUUCCAUGGUUCAUAAGAAGAUAAACCUGGCUGACGACACACUGGCUUGGGAACACGAGCGCUUUGCUAUCCGCCGGUUGCCAUCUUUCACCAUCUCUCACCUAGAUGGACACCGUAGUGGUCACCGCAAUAGUGUCUUGGAUUUAAGCUGGAAAGUAGACACACAGGUUCUUGCCCGUAACACCCGUAUCAUUGCUGAGGCACUGACCCGUGUCAUUUAUAAUCUGACAGAGAAGGGGGCCCCAUCUGAUCUUCAGAUCUUUACACAGCAAAUGCAAGUCCAUAAGGAUCAGCUAGAAGCAGUGAUGCAGUGGCUGACCAGCCAGCCCCGGGCAGCACAGCUGGUGGAUAAGGACAGCAAUGUACUAAACACUCUUGAGUAUUAUAUGAGUCGAUACUUGAAAGAUGUCAAAGUUUACCAUGUUAAGGCUGAUAAAAGGGACCCUGAAUUUGUAUUUUAUGAUCAGUUGAAGCAGACGAUGAAUGCAUAUCGGGUAAAGCCAGCCAUAUUUGAUCUCCUCUUGGCUCUUUGCAUUGCAGCAUACCUUGGCCUAUCUUAUCUUGCUGUUCAGAACUUUGGAGUGCUUUACAGACUAGUGCAGAGAGUUGCCUGGAAGCCUAAACAGCUGUGAGGACACAAACAUUCGGGAGUAUUGCUACCAGGAAUACGUUGUUUUUAAGCACUGGAGAUUGAAGUUCAUCAUAGUCUUUUAACUCCUUUGCAUGGAUCUCAACAUCAGCCCUUUCUCCUACUAAAGUGCUUUGAUCAAAAUGGAAUGAAUGCUAGUUUGCCAUAAACAUGGUGGUGCAGGGUCGCAAAUUUGUCCCUCCGGCCUGUAAGAAAUAGACUUCUCUCUGCGGGUACUCAGGAUGACGCAUUGCGGCUACAGUUUUUUUAAAAACACUUCAUACCAGGGAUUGUCCUACCAUCUUGCCUUUAGGGUGUUUUUUUUUUGUUUGUUUUGUUUUUUUAAAUCAUGCACUGAACCCCCUCUCCCUAUUUUUUUUUUCCACUCUGUCCUUAAAACAUAUUUAAUUAAAAAUAUGAAUUGAUGAAUAAUAUGAACACUGAAUCAUUUAGGAAAUAAUAAAAAAAUAAAUUAAAAGAA